UGCUCUACCGAUCUGCUGAACUGUGAAGAGUGACGAUCUGCAAACGAAAAACAAUGUUUCUUCCACUGCUCCUGCUCCUGUUCCCAGCUUUUCUUCAAGGACAGUCUAACGAUGGGAGCAGUAGUCCAAACAUCUACACUGUGCUCAGUGAGUUGGAGGCCAAAGUGAACAAACUGGAGAAUCAGCUACAAGCUCAGCUUCAAGGAGAGUCUGAUGUUGAAAUAAUUCAACAUGAAGACCAGGCUGAAUCUCAGAGGAUUGAGCCUCGUCAUCCACAGGCCUGUGAACCCGACAUCCACGCUGUGCUCAGAGAGAUGAGCGCCUCGCUGGCUGCACAGACAGUUGAGAUACAACACUUACAGAAACAGAAUGAAGCACAGGCAGCUAAACUGGGAGAUUUGGAAGCACAAAAGGCUGAGGUGGACAAACUGAAGCAGCAGCUCCAAGCACAUGCAGAAGAACUGAUCACCAUUAAAUUGAGAUCAAAUGUCACUGAAAACCAGGUGGAGGCUCUAAGGAGAGAUGGACAAGUCAAACAGGUGGCUUUCUCAGCCUCUCUGUUGGCUUCAGGGACAGGAACUCUAGGACCGUAUAAUACAGAUGUACCUCUGGUCUUCAGAUAUGUGGUCACAAACACUGGAAAUGCCUACAACCCAAACACAGGUUUUUUCACUGCACCGGUGAAAGGAGCCUACCACUUUGAGUUCUACAUCGGCGCACAUGGACACACUUCACAUCCAUCUGGUGCUGGGUUGGCGAAGAACGGACAACAUAUUUUUACUGCAUAUGGGCAUCUGCCAUCCCAUUUUGGAAAGUCUUCCAAUGGAGUCACACUGAUACUAGAGGUUGGAGAUGUUGUGUUUUUGCGUCAGUAUUCUAACACAAGAAUCUAUGACAAUGAAUAUCACCACAGCACCUUCAGCGGUCAUCUACUGUUCACCAUGUGAGAGGAAAACAUGUUCCUUUAAGUUUUGUCAUAUUUUCAACAUGUUUUCCUCAGUAGGUAUUUGACUGUAAGAACACAGACAGGCCUAUAAUAAUAGAAAUAGUAAUGUAGUGAUGUAUGUGGCAGUAGUUGUAUAAAUUUAGA